AUGCGCGUCAACAACACAGUGCUGCUCAGCCUUGCGCUGGUCAGUUCGUCGGUUGCCUCAUCACUCCCCGGCAGCCAGUACUUCUUCUCAAAUCCCUCAGCAGACGCGACCUCGGGCUUCCGCAUCCCCACUGUACACGAGUCUGCUAUUCAAGCACGCCGUAUUCUUCAUCUUGAAAAUAUUGGCACAUUAUCGACUGUUUUCCCAAGCGAGAAUGCAUUUCAACCUCUUGAGCAGCGACCCAGUGGCCUCGGGGGUGUUCCCAUCGGCUUGAUGGACUACUAUGCCGACUGUGAGCCUGACAGUGGCAACCCCACCAUCCUUGCUUUGGACAUUGCUACCUCAUUCAAGAACGUGGCAGCCGGCAGUAAUAUCACUCUGAGCCUACGUUGGCACCCACAGGACGGCAAAUGGCAUAGCGCUGCUAGCUUGCCCAGAUUCUCUCUUGUUGGUCACCUCGAGGACAUUGACGAUGAUGCCUCAAAGGUUGGUCUGGCCACCUGCUUCGUCAAAAAUCAUCCAGAUGCUGCAUACUGGCUGCCAGGCAAUCGUAUCCAUACAAGCCGCUGGGUUAGACUUGUUGUAGAGGACAUCUACUGGAUUGGUGGCUUCGGAGACCGCGCCUAUAUUGGUUGGAUCCCUGUUGAGGCAUACCAAAAUGUCACGCAACAAGAUAUUGACGAUUGCAAGUUGCCUGGCGAGAAGUCUUCUUCGUGGGGGUGGUCAGAAUGGCUCUGA